ACCAAUAAUAUUUGGGAAACGACCAAUAAUAUUUGGGAACCGACCAAUAAUAUUUGGGAACCGACCAAUAAAUCGUGGGUUGCUACCAAAAAAUUAUGGGAAAUGACCAAAAAAUCGUGGGAACGCACCAAUAAAUCGUGGGAACCAACCAAUAAAUCGUGGGAAACCCUGUAAUGAUACACACCCCGUUGGCGAAAUGGAUGGAAAGGGAAGGAGUGCGAGACAAAAUCGUAGCGCGGAUAGUAGGUGCCUGUUUUGUGUGCGCCAAUUUUCCGGAACAACACGUGUUGCGAUCAAGCGUUGUUGCUUAUUGUGAAACGCAGCAAUAAGAUAUACAUAUUCAGCGCCGCAGCAUGGGAAAUUGUGCACAAGACAAGGCAGCUCCAUACGCAAUCGAUGGCUAGAACAAAAUACGCGUAAUGAUUGUGUACGGUGGUGUAAGUGUGUUUGACAGUGAACGAAUGAUGAGCGAAGAAGCAAGUGGUCAAACACGGACCAGCAGCAGUAGCAUCAUAAUCGCAUAUAUUUAAUCGAACUGAAAACAAAAAUCCAGGCUUUCAUUCCGCAAUUUGAGUGAUUUCUUGAGUGGAAGUGGAGUGGAGAGUGGAGAAAACAAAACGGAUGAUUAUAAUAUGUAGGAAAAGGAGAGCAGACAUAGUUUUGUGCAAUAAUAUAUUAUAUACUAUAUAUACACACACAUGUAUAUGUAGCUAAAUGGGACUGAAAAUGCCCCAGCGAGGGAGAUAGAGAGAGCGAACGGUAGUGGAAGAUUGCAAGAUUACCAGAUCGCAGAUAUCGUAAACAUACACAGAUACACAGAUAAAUAAACCACUCUCUCACAUUAGCGUAAGAAGAGGGAGAACCGUUCCAUUUGACCGUUGGAAACCUAGUCCGAUAUGGAGGAAAUCCACAAACACAAAUCCACACUGCAUGUUGUUAUGGUGCGCGCUCUGACAACCGAUAGGCAAGAGGACCUCUCAACCAUCCAGAAGAGGAAUGCCAAUGCCGAGGGAAAAUUAGGGAAAAUCCUUGCCCUGCGUGCUACACAAAAGCUCCCUCUAGAAAGGAAAACAUGAAACCCUCUCGUUGGAAAGUGGGCACAUUCCAGGAGGAACUAAAGCGCGCUCGCGUGUGUUUGUGUGUGUUGUUAUGGCCGGAAGACAUUGUGCUUCAUGCUUCACGCCGCAGACCUUGGGGAUGUUGGAAUAGAGAACAAAAUCGCAUUAAUAUCGCGUUUUUUCGAUGUUUUACCAAAACAAAAAGCCAAUGUGUGCGUGCGCUCCACAAUCCUCUUCCUUCCGUGGGUUAGGAAGUGACAAGAGCCGCCGCCCCGUUAGUAGCGUUGUCGUACCUACCGUUACAAACACACACACACAUCAACAGAUAGAACGAAAUUAUAAUCCACACGUGGCAGUAGAGCAUUGAAGCUGCGUAUUGAUGUUUAGAUUUGGUUUAUUUUAUAUAUCAACGUGUUUAAUAAAGCAAUUGUAUAAGGCGACCUGUGUAUUGUAGAGGAUAAAACAGAAUAAGAAAAAAAAACACACACACAGAGACACACAAGAGAUGAUUGAAUCCACUGGUAGCUCCCAGGAGCGAUUUAUAAUAGUAGCAAAAGGAUUGGAAAAUCGAUCGAAACCCCCAUCAUCACACACACGUCGUAUUAUCGUUUAAUUUCUGAUUUCUUGCCCUUGUUUUUCCUUCUUCCGAUAGUAAUUGUUAAUUCCAUCGUUAUUGGUUAAACGAUCCGUAGGUUAAAAUUACGUUUAUUUUUGUCCUAUUAAAUAAUAUAACUAUAUUCUGUUAUCGCUUUGCCCGCUCACAAAUACUCCAACACCCGAGAAAGAACAAAAACACACAACUACAAAAAGAAAUGCAAUGUUUAGUAUAAAAGAGAACCUCUAACCAAAUGUUAAUCUCGUGUAACGUAAAUUUGAACACAUAGCAACAUUUAUUGUAAAACAAAAUAGUAAGACACAGAGGGAGAGAGACAGAGAGAGAGAUCGAUGGAUUCCCAUAAUGUCUGUUAAAUAAUCUCCAUCGCUUAAAAGCAUUCUCUCUUUCCCCUGUCGUUUUCAAAACCUGCCCCAAAAUAAAGAGUUCAACGAUGGCACUCUGUCCCAUUCUCUUUGAUGUAAAUGUAAACAAAAAAAUCGUUUGUGUUAGUGUCGUUUUGUGGUGUUUAUUACAUUGCUUCAUUUAAAUGAAAAUAUGAGAUAAAGUUCACAAAACAAACAUACAAAUAAUCACUGCACUGUGUCUUUCGGUUGGUGUUGUGCUAAACAAAAGCUUGCGCUAUUCUCCGCUAGAUGGCGCUACUUAGCACACAUUUCAAAUUUAACCGUUUUGUUAAUCUUUCGGAAGCUUACAACCGUUGCUGGGUUUUUUCCUUCAUUUUAUACAAUUGCCAACUACACAAAGCAGUGAUCCACAUCCUGUUCUUCCCUGCCCCGUAUCAUUUCUUUUCUCAGUGACGUCAUACUCAGGUCCCUUUUCGCGUUUGCGAGCCACGCGUGGUUCUGUGAAUGAAUUUGGCACGCGCAAACACUUGUCGAACGAAAAGGUGCUUGCCCUUUUCCGGUACACCGUCUAGACGAAAUCCCCCAACGACUACCACCCACCGACCGCACUUCACCACCGACGCCCGAUGCGCCAUCAUGACGAAGCAUCUAAGGCGCACGAGCGAGCCGAUUGGUGGUUAACCGUGAAAAUUUGGUAAAUCUGGUACACACUUUGCCUGGAAAAUUUACCUCGGUAAUGAAGAGAUGGUUAGAAACAUCAUUAAAACGUAAAGACCUUUGGCUGGCCGCAUAGUGUCGUCUAGCCAGAGCUGUUUUGAGCAGCAACAAAAACGAAUACGAAGAGGGUCUGCUGUAGUGCCCAUAACACAUGGGAAUUCCCAGUUCCUCGAGAACAAGUACCAUUUAUGCUUUAUUUGAACUGUGUUUGAAUUGUAUGUUUGGUUGUGGGUUCAGAAAGUGAUGCUUAUUUCAUAUACAGAUACAUUAAUUAGAUAGUGCAGGACUGCGGCACACACUGAUUAAAGUUUCAUACUCCGCAUAAUCGCACAGUAUACACACAAAAAGCAGAUGUAAAUUGAGAGAAAAUUACCCUAAAGUGUUUGUCUGUACUGUGAAUCGUUUUGUGAUCAACAUCAAAGACCCAUUUUUUUGUUUGCCCCGCUCCCUAUAUAGAGCACGGCGCUUGUGUGUGACUCAUAUCACAGUUAAUCGCAUACGGCGGCCCCCGUGCACUCACAAAGAUCGCAAAGAUCUCACCACGGUUCAAGUUCAAUGUUCCGCGGUUAAACACACUGCUAACAACAAGUGGCGUUUGUAGGCGUGUGUAGGCAACCUGUCGCGUGUACGAUCAUGCGUACGCAUCCAGCUGAUGCGCUGAAGAUGAAGUUGAUGGGUUUGAAGUAUCAUAAGCUUCCCAUCGCAAGCUUCUCCCACCUUCAUUGAAAGGGGUGUGAGGGGCAAUGAGCGAUCUUGCCGCACCGUCAGCUUAGUCAGUCAGCGGUGAGAAGGCUUCGCGUUCGGUCGCACUAAAGUCGCGUGUGUCGCGGAAGUCGUCGAAAUCCCAGUUUCAGAAGUUAUUUGUUUUUGCAGAGCAUUGUUUAGCCAUUCACUUAUUAAUUGAUACAUAAAACAACUUCAAAAAUGGUACAUAAAAAGAUGCUGCAUUUUACAUUAAUAUUGAUGAUUUUGUCGCUUAAUCAUCUUUCGCGCACACUGGGAACUCCUUCGCCCUAUCCCCAUCCAACACUCGCUCCCCAAAAGCCGGCCUGUGGUACGUACGGCCAAAGCCCUUGCGCAUUCGUUCCUGCCCCACCCGGAAUGACGCCCAAGUGUGUCUCACCUGGGUCCACUUUUUGUGAAACGAAUCCCGAUUAUCCUGCCUACCUCAUUAAGCAUCUGGUGGAAACGCUCGGCUAUCAGCGCCUCAUUGCCAACGAAGAGAUGGUCGACUUUGGUGCGAACAAACCGCUGGAAGAGGAGGAACAUCUGCACCAUCAUUAUCAUCACUUUUAUGGGUCAUUUGCGGCGAUGGAUCAAGCUUCCAAGCCACAGGCGCCUAAGCAUUCCAGCCCUGGGUACAGCUACCUUACACCAACGCAACAAUCACUCGGCACGGUAAACUACGAGGCGAAGCGUCCGGCACCGGUUCCACAGCCGAUCUACAUUCCCAAGCCACAGCACUCGUACCACUACAACUCGUACGUUCGCGCGCCAAUGUACAACCGGCAGCCCGAUCGGCAAGGAUACUUUUAUCCAUCCCCCGGGGGUUCUGCUGCUAAUUCGCCUUCCUCAAGCUCUCCAGUAACGCAGUACAGUCCGGCUGAUUGGUUGAAGCGCUUCGCCCGUGAUUUGUCCGAUCGGCAUCGACGCGAGGCACGGUUGGCCGCAUUACGAAGGGUAGAUGGUCCUGCCGAUCCGUUCGACAACGAACCAACACCCUUCCGGUUGCCAUCCAUGGUAAAUGAAACCGUUUAUGAGCGUUUGCUGGCGAAAAACAUGCGCGCAAAGCGACAAGCGGCGGGUGGUGUGAAGGAAACGCUGUGCAGCGUGCGGGAACGAUACAUUACACCGCAGACGGCACUCAACACGAAAGGCAAUUGGAUGUUUGUGGUGAAUCAGGAAAACUCGCGGCAGCUCGUAAAAACGGAAAUUUGUGCGUCAACGGAGUGCUCCAACCUGUGCAGCUUUCCGAUCGGGUACAGCUCCCGGUGCGAGCAGCGGUACGUGCAGAAGCGGCUGGUCACGCUGGACCCGACCGGCCGGACACUGUACGUCGACACCUACUGGUUCCCGAGCUGUUGCGUCUGCUCACUGUACUCGGGAAAUUAGCGGGAAGCGGAUUCGAAGCGGGCCUGCAGUGAGUGAAGAUCGAGUAAAGAGUACAUGAUCGUGCUGAUUUAACAGAA